CUGUUGGGUAAGCUUGAUUGCAAAAUGGAUGAAAUGAAUGAAAACUUUGGAGGGAAGCUGAAAAGUAUUGGUGAGCAAGUGCAAGAGAUAGAAAAGAAGGUCUCAGUCCUUGAGAAUGAUGUGGUUGAGUUGAAGAGAGGAAAAGAGUUCUCGCCCGAGAAGGCAGAGUUGGAAGAGACGCCUGUUGAGGAAGAAGAUCAAGUUGCCGACGAUGAAGGAUCAAAAACAGGAGAGGCUGGUGGUGAGGUCGAGAAAGAUGAGUCAUGGCUAUUACAGAUGAAGCAAACAUCACAGGAUGAUUUUCCCAUUUCAUGUGUGUCCAAAAAUCCUGCGAAGAAAUCCAGAUUGUCUCUGAAGAAUAUUAAAAAUAUGCGAAGGGCAGCACUUGAUGAGAAGAAACUGAAAACACCCAUUACAAAACAACCAGUUGUAGCUGGCCUUGAGGAGACGAGGAAGGAACUGAAAUCCAGAUUGUCUCUUAAGAAUAUUAAAAAUAUGCGAAGGGCAGCACUUGAUGAGAAGAAACUGAAAACACCCAUUACAAAACAACCAGUUGUAGCUUGCCUUGAGGAGACGAGGAAGGAAUUGACGACACCUAAAAACCAAGGUGGGAGACUUCUUACAAAGCAAAACCAACCGUUAUCGUCGGAUUCAGGUUUUUCGGACCCUAUAGAGAAUGCGGCUAGGAAAAAUAUUGAAUUGGCUAUAGACAAGUUGUAUUUGUUGUGUAAGGAUGAUGAUAUUGGUAGUCCAAAUAAAAGAGAUAGAAACCUUGCGGCAACACAGCUUGACCCAUACAUUGGGUCAUCAGUAGUUAAGCGCAUUCUUAAGGGGAAGGUCCUUUCAUCAGCGCAUUAUGAUCCUUUUGAGAAAGUGUCUGCAGGCAAGGUUGACAAGUUAAUGGCUUUCAUAGACGAUGAGCUCGCAAAUGGGCUCGACUCCUGUGACUCAUCUGCUAAUUUUUACUUAAGGAUAAUGACACCGAAGGAGUUGUGGCCUAAGAAAGAUCCGCGAUACGGGUGGUUGAAGGAUGCACACUUGUGUCCAAUGAUGCAUAUGCUCAGGAAAAGGUCUAUGCAGACCGUGUCCCCCUUCUUAUCUGAUAGGAUUGCCUUCCUAGAUCCAUGGUUUGUCAAUCAAUGGGCGCACGACUACAAGAAGUUUGACUGUGACAAGAAUUGGUUGUUCCCUGAAUCAUACUUUAAAGUCUACAAUGGUCUCUACCCUAAUUACGGUAUGACGAAGAAGAGGUGGGUUGAUGAUGUCGAUGUUCUUUACUUUGCACACAACAUCAAUAAUGACCAUUGGGUAGCUGUGGUAGUGGACUUGGUGGGUCGACGAGUGAAUGUGUAUGACAGCAUCUGCAGUUUGUAUUCAGAUGAUGAGGUUAUGAAGUCUUGCAAGCCAUAUAUUCGUAUGACUCCUGCGUUAAUGCAUUCUGUUGCUCCUCCAGAGAAGAAAAAAAAAAUUAGUGCUCGAGCUUUCACGUUUUACAGGUCUAAAACGUGUCCUCAAAACCUUCAGCAGGGGGAUUGUGGUAUUUUUGCAGUUAAAUACAUUGAGUGUUUAGCUAUUGGCAUUUCGUAUGAAGGUUUAUCUGAUGCAGCAAUGCCUGCCAUCCGAUUAAAACUUGCAGCUGAGAUAUUCGAUGAGGUUCCCGACACUGAUUGCUUCAUUCAAAUGUCUGACCCUAAUCCUCGUGGUUCUGAGGCAGGUGGUGUUGAGUUUAUAUCACAGAGAGAAGCCUGUGUUUAAUCAACGAGCAGUCUCCAAGUUGAGUCCGUCUUUUUUUAACAGUUAAUUGUCUAACCAAGGUAUUAUGAAUUUCUGCCAUCAAACCCAUAUUCUUUUUGUAAAGCUAACAAAGCCGCAUGUUCUUCGUGACAACGUUUAGAACAUGCAACUUUGUCGUUACUGCCGGAGCUCAAAAUAGGAGCGUAUUUUUUUGUGUAGAUGGGUAUGGAUUUUGUAACACGUAUACGCUUGAUG